UUUAUUCUCCACCUAAGACAAGAGGUGGGGAGACAUUGGUCACAGCUGUCGCAUCCCACAGCUCCUCAGACCCUGGCCUUCCCCAGGACAUCAUCCCAGAGGGAGCCUGAAACUUGCAAGCAAGCCAAGAUGGUGUGUGGUGGAUUCACCUGCUCCAAGAACUCCUUAUGUGUCCUCAACCUGCUGUAUAUUAUGGUCAGCCUCCUGCUGAUCGGCAUCGCCGCCUGGGGCAUCGGAUUCGGUCUCAUCUCCAGCCUGCGAGUGGUCGGAGUCGCCGUCGCAGUCGGGAUCCUCCUGUUCCUCAUUGCCCUCGUAGGGUUAAUUGGAGCCAUUAAGCAUCACCAGGUGUUACUGUUCUUUUACAUGAUCAUCCUCUUCUUGGUGUUUGUCGUCCAGUUUUCCGUGUCUUGCGCUUCUCUGGCAUUAAACCACGAGCAGCAGAACCAGCUCCUGGAGAUGGGGUGGAACCACACAGCGACCGCGAGGUCCGAAAUCGAGAAAAACUUAAACUGCUGCGGAUUUCACUACUUUUCUGUGGAAGAGCCUUGUGACGCGGCUUGUUAUCCGUCCCAUAACUGCACAACAUGCGGCUCCAUCAUCGAGAAGCACGCGGAGGAUGUGCUGAAAGUGGUGGGAGGGAUCGGCUUCUUCUUCAGCUUUACCGAGAUCCUUGGCGUUUGGUUGACUUACAGAUACAGAAACCAGAAAGAUCCGCGGGCCAACCCCAGCGCGUUUCUUUGAUUGAACUCCCUUUUUCUCAAGACUCUUUCUUGUCACCCCGACUUUACAGCUCCUCUGAUUGCUGUGGUUGAUUUUGUUUGAAGGACUCGACGUCAACCCUUUUUUUUUUUUUUUUUUUCGAUCCCCCCUCGCCCCCUCCUUUUCGAGGGACAUAAAACUACCACAAUUUUCAAGUCGAAGAUUUGAAGAAAGAAAUAAAACAUAACAGAUGAAAAAAAACAAAAACUCCAAUAAAGCCUGGGUAUCCAUGGAAACACAUCAAAAAGAAAACAAAAACUCAAAAAAAACCUUCCAAAAACUGCAGUAGAUUUUAAAUACCACAUGCAGAUUAUAUAGUUAUAUCUAUUUAAUUAAAGAUCAUCCCCCCCCCCAUUCGCUUGCGGAAUCGGUUGGUUGAUGGGGGAGGGGUUGUUGUGGCCACACCUUUUUGAAUUUUUGCUAUUCAGGGGCGGGGUUCUCAUUUUCUUCAACUUUCUAAGCUCUUGGUAGAAAUAUUUCUUGAUGGUAACUUACAUUUCGAAGUAAAGGAUCCUGCAAGUACUUGUUAUGGAGCCAGCACCGUAGAGGGUUAUGAAUUGUGUUAUUUAGGUGUUAGGGCCUAAAUCCACGGCAAUAACCGCACAGAGUAAUUAGUACCUGUACAGAUUCCAUUUUAUUACUCUUAUUCUAAGCACUCCAUGAUAAGUGUAUUCUAGUAAGUGUCUGAGUGCCGGCUGCCUAGAAAACCGUAGACUUCCUGUCUGGGUGACCACGUCUCGGUGCACGUGUCCACUGGUGGUCACAGGAUAUUGUUUUUCAUCCCUCCCAGGGACACAACUUUAGAGACUGUAGUAAAACCUGGCUCUUAAUCCUGAGAGAACCCCUAUUUUAAAAAUGGCAUAUCCUUGUCAGCUGGGGGCGGGCCCCCAAUACAGAGUUGACAUGGGGGCCCAGGAGCUUUAGGCUAUGCCUCUAACAAAGCAUAAGAUUGGAUAGGCAGUUGGAUCAUUUCAGUGGCUCUUGUUUGUAAAUAUGGAAACAAAUGGAAAGAAAAUUAACUAAGAAAACUUUGUAAAUUUGGCCCCCAAAAAAACCCCAAAAAAUGACACAUUUUUUUUUUUUUUUUUUUGGAGAGAUGCUGGAAGAGGAUCUCACUCGCAGGAUAUCUGAGGACAAUUGACAAAAGGCAUCAUCACUGGAUUUUAUGGGACAUUAUUGUUUUUGCUACUAAGGUAAUUGUGCUCAUGAUAUUUUUGCUUUGAAAAUUUGCAUAAGAAAAAAUUGACACAAUUUCAACUGACCACAAGGGGUUAUGGCUCAUGGGUUCUGACUCCCCCCAGGUUUGUGGGACCACUGGGUUUGUAUAUGUAUCCAUAUAAGCUGGGGUGGAUACACUGUGUUAUACCUUAAAGGGGUGGAGCUUACAAAGGAAGUGAAAAUCUGCCAUGCUCCACCCCUUAGGAGUGUACAAAAGCUGAAAAGUGUCUUUAUACUAACAGCCCCGCCCAUGAGGAAUCAUUAUUAAACCUAAUAUCUCUAAAUAGGCAACUGGUGAGUCUCCAACCCCCCCCCCCCCCC